AUGUCUUCGGAACAAAGAUGCUCCCAUCCUUCUAUGUGUUACAACUCCUCUCCUCAUGCUGCUGAAGUAGGCUAUAAACAACCGAGUCUGAAGCAAAGGAUUUCGGCCACGAGACCACCAGGAUCCCCAGGCCCAUAUGGCCGUACUACUGGUCCGUCCAUAUUUCAAGCUCCGCUGGUCUUGCCUGGUGAUGACCUGGCACUGGACCCCGGGUACCCACCGCAAUCUUUUCGGGAGUGGUUGGUCGAGGAGGAUCGCAACGAAGUCACUUCGGACAGAAAGACAGUUUAUGUUGUUGCGCCACCUGAAUAUGACGAAGAUGCCUAUUUCGCACAGGCAUGGACCUCUCCUGGAGUGGGUAAGACCCAGCAUCAGCUAGUAGCGCCUAAUCCAGAAGAUAUCGUCGGUUACCUGGCGGCAUUUUACCAUGGAGUGCCCGUUAAGCUUCUUCGAGUUUCGGCCUUUCGAUUCGUUCCUUGGGAUGAUCAAAGAUCCAAGACCUCAACCCGCUUCAUUGGUUUAGCUGUUUCAGACGAGUGCAUUGGCAUUCGGACGCGUGCAUGCCCCGACAAAGUUUACCCUCGUCAAUUGAACCUCGAUGAUCUCCUAGAAGUUGCGAUAAGCAUACUUCCUAAUGAUGCGUAUGCCUUGUGUCUUUUGGUGAACCAUGAUCUCUAUGAGGACGCUGAUGAUACGUUCGUCUGCGGACGUGCAUACGGUGGAAGUCGCGUCGCAGUGGUCUCCAGCGCCAGGUAUUGUCCGACCCUGGACGAAGUUCAGUCACUCCUCCUACGUGGCGAGUACCAAGAGGCGGAAGACCGCCAGCGAAUCGUCAUCCUUGGCUACUGCGCCAUUAACAGCCGCGUUAUCUGCAUUGUCUUCCCUCCCAAAUAUUGA